AUGGCUAGAUAUGGGUGGGAGCGACUUACAGAACCGCGACAACCCGAAAGACCUGAAAUACUCAAUACGCUGCUAUACGAGUUAAGGGCUCAGUCUCGACCGAGUAACGAGGAUAAACAGCAUCCCGAAUCGCCUUUGAUUGCUCACAGAACUAAAGCAACAAGAAAAGCUCCCGUUUGGGUAAAAGGAGAGACAUUUCCUGAACCGCGAGUACAGAAAAGUUUUCCCGGCAGGCCCCCGACCAAGUUUAAGCAACCCAGCCAAGCGGCAUAUCCAUUCAGCAUCAUUCGACAAGGAAAUGGCACAGCUUGCCCCUCCAACCUGGGAAGAGUGUGGGCUUCUAUCUACACGAAAAGUUUCUCAUGA